AUGACAUCUUCGGAAACGCCCAGUAUGCAGUCAGAAGAGGAAUCAAAUGAUUCCAUUACAUCUGUGCUAUCCGAGGUGAAUCACCCACAUAGUGUAACUAUAGAACCAACACCUCUAAAAGAAUCGUAUAGAUCCAACGCACUUACAUCUCACGGAGUGGAAGAUAUUUUAUCUGAUGGAUCCACGUAUAAUAUUCAAGAUCAUUCAUGUCAACAAAAUGUUAUAGUUCAAGAUUAUAAUUCAAGAGAUUCUUCUGGAUUUACUAUACAUGAUAUUUUGGGAUUACAGCAAUCAUAUAGCGUUGUUAACACACAUGAACUUAUGCCCAGAUACGAAUACCACGUACAAUAUGAAAAUAUCAGUCCUAAUAAUGCCUAUGUAACUGGAACCGAAGAAAUAUCGACGGAAGAUUGUAGUCAUAAAAAUGAUAUGUAUAUGUCAGAGAGUGAAGUGAAGGAUCAGAUAGCGUACAACAGUAACUAUUCAAAUAUAGAUCAAUGCCAACAAAGGGACACAUUAGACGACGAUGUUGUAAAAGAACCUGAAGUAAGCCCUAACGACGUCAACGAAUGCAGUUUUCCCAGCCAGACUAUCACAUGGUGCGGUAAAUCUUCGACCUUACUCACGCCUACAACUGUGAUUGGUGGUGCGUCAUCGUUAUCAAAUGAUAACAUGUCCUCUGAUUCAUCUUCAUAUCAAAAGGGUUUUACGAAACGAGCAAGAACAGCAUACACAAGUUCACAGUUAGUUGAACUUGAAAAUGAAUUUCACCAGAACCGUUACCUUUGUCGGCCUCGUCGUAUCGAGUUGGCUAAUUAUUUGCAACUAUCGGAGCGGCAGAUCAAAAUAUGGUUUCAAAAUCGGCGGAUGAAAUACAAGAAAGACAACAAACAUAACAAACCUUCAUCGUCCGUCGACGACAGCAGUCCAUCUAGCUCCAAAGAACUGUCUCCAGGUCAGGAUCACAAGAUGAGCCAUGGUAGAAGCUGCGGUGGCCACAACAGGCAUCGACGCUUACUGUCAGAUCAUACAACUCAUCAUAAAAUUUAUUUAACAUCAAAUGAAACGAUUGCAAGACCGCCGGAAUAUUCAUCUGUUAAUACAUUUAAGACCGUGAUAAAAAGUCCACAGAGUACAGAUCUGCCGACUUAUACACCAAAUUUGACUUACUCUUCAUAUUACGCUCAGAGUACAGGCAGGACUGCUUACUCACCUAUGUCUGAGGUUUAUCGGUUCGGUGAUGAUUCAUUGCAAGCAAAUUCGAGUACUCUAUCUACACUUACCUCAGACUGUUACGUGCCGAAUGGCGUCAACUUAAAGUUAACCGAUGACGUGGUGCGUUACCCUACUUCCGCCUCGUACUAUAAUAACUGUCUGUCAGGAAACGUGAUACCAUCUAGCGCAGCAGAUGCUUAUGGGUUUACACCUAAUAUUACUUCAAUAACAACGUCAACAUACGAAGACUGCUCGUUACCUAACAGGUCAUCAAGCCUGGUGAAUCAGGACCCAUACUUUCUGUAUAUGACGACACCUGAUACAUUGCCAUCUAGUCAAGCUCAAAAUUCUGGUGCUAACAAGUUUUCUUCUUCUUAUAUAGCAUUGUAA